UUAAGAAACAAGCUACAUAGACCAAAUAUUUAAUGUACUACUACUACAUAUUAUUUGAUUUUCGAUGGAUAUUGUUGGUAAAAUCGAUGAUAAAUGUUACACUAUAUUCUAUUUUAUUUUAUUUUGAGUGUCCGUAUUUUUUGACAAAUUCAAAACAACAUCAAGAAAAUCUUGGCAAAGCUUCCGUUGAAAUCUGAUUUUCUGUUUACUAUAUAUCUGCUUCCGUUGCAACCUUUCACCAUGAAAACACACCUUAAAUACACAACUUCUUCAAGGCUAUCAAGUAUCAACCCACUCCAAAAAUGGUUAUCACCAGAUCCAAAAUGAAGAAACGGCAGAUGCAUUCUGGAGCUUUGAUCGGAUCCAACGAUGAUCUUUUAAUCGAAAUCCUUCUUCGGCUGCCUGUUGCCUCUGUUCUUCGAUUCAAAUCUGUAUCCAAACACUGGCGAUCCCUUUUGAGUCAACGACCUUUCACCCUCAUUUAUAAAAAUGGUUCGAUCUCUCGUGGCUUAUUUGUUCAAGAUUUCUAUGUUCCAUUUGAUGAUGAGAACAGAAACCCUCCUCCUUUUCAUAAUCUCGAUUUCUAUCCUGAUCCUCGUGGUAUUAGAAUCAUCCAAUCCUGUAAUGGAUUGCUGCUUUGUUGUAGCAUGCAUGGGAUCCAACGUGAUUUUAGAUAUUACGUAUUCAAUCCCACCACCAAACAAUUUGCUCUCAUUCCAUCAGUUCCUGGAGGUGGAAAUAUUCGUAGAACUAUCAGUUUUAUGGGUCUUGCAUUUCAUCAAACAGAUUGUCCUCACUACAAAGUUAUUUGCAUUCGCUACAUUAAGCGUGAUGAGGAUCGGUUUCAGAUUCAAAUCUACUCGUCUGAGACAGGGAAAUGGAAGAUUUCAGAUCAAUCUUUCUCUGCGCCUUAUUAUACGAGCUGCAGCUCUGGAGUUUAUUGGCAUCAAGCGAUUCACUGGGCUCAGUCCAGUGGUAAUCCGUCCUACUUUAAGCUCGACACCGAAGAGUUGCAAACGAUGCAAUCGUACUUUACUAUCGACACAAAGAAUUUUAUUGGAGAAAAGUCUCUUUACUUUGGGGAGUCACGAGGCUGUCUGCAUUUGGUGAACAGGGUCCAUCGCAUUCGCAGAGAGAGCCGUUUACAGCUGAAUGUGUACGAGAUGUUGAACCAUCAUUCCGGGUGGUUCCUCAAAUAUAGAGUGAAGCUUGAUGAGCUUCUGAAUGCAAGAAACCUAGCUCCGUCGUUCCUUGAUCAAUACUUCAUUCAAGUCUUCGAUGUGGUGAGGGGUGAAGAAGAAGAAGAUGAAACCUUCUUCAUCGUGAUCCAAACUCCGGGGAGGAUCAUAAGGUACGAUUUUCACGAAAAGAGUUUCAAGCUGAUACUUGAUCAUAGCACUGGACCACUCUGGCACCGGGGAGCUCAUCGUUAUAUUGAAACCAUAGUUUCUCUCUAAAACCUCGGAUCUGUGUGUA